AUAGCGCUUGUCCACCCGAGUCUCACAGGCCGCCCCGACACUUGCCCGCUCAGUACCCCGCGUCCUCCAUCACUUGCUACCUGUGCCACCUCUAUACACGCUCACGUCCACCACUUGCGUCGUCACCGACUACUACCGGCACAAGCCAAGACUCCUGCUCUCCGCCACACACACCGACGACGAUGGCCGCGAGCGCUUUUCUAAGUGUGAGACUCACCACUGUGGUGUUGCUGACCACACUCGCCUGCCUCCAAGCAUACACCAACGCCGUAGACUGUCGAAAGUUCGUCUUCGCGCCAGUAUGCAGAGGGAUCAUCGCAAAGAGGAUGGUAUCUGAGAAGCGAUCAUCGUUCAGGCCAACUGCCGACACACAGUGGAACUCUCAGUACAGGGCCCCGACCGAGACAGAGGCUGAGAAUCUCCUAUUGGCUUCCUCUUACGAUGACGUCAUGGAGCCACGCCCACAGGAAGACAUGGUGGUGGUGCGGGCCGGGAGUGACGUGGUCCAGGUUCCAGCCUAUGUCUUCGGGGUGAUCGAGCGCAGUCUCCAGGGCGAGAGGAAAUAGAUCCUAUAUAGAGAUUUCAUGACGAGGACUACGCGAGGACGACCACCGAAGACGAUCUCGAGGUCGACCCCGAGAUGAUUCCGAGGGUGAAUCUUGAACACGACCUCGAGGAUUAAUUGGAGGACAACACCGAGGGCGAUGCUGAAAGCGAACUCAAAGUUUUUUUAUUGGUGUCCUCGGGCGGUCCACGGCUGAUAUACCUGCUGGCCGUGUGGUGGUUCACAUUUUACAGUGAUAUUAUUAUUAUUAUUACUAUUAUUAUUAUUACUACUACUACUACUACUACCACCACUAUUAUCUAGCUGAUUCUCUCGUAUGCUGCUUGUCUCACCAGGAGUCGUAAGAGAUAGUUCAAAUAUUUAGGCUUCGAAUUAAAGUUGCUGAGACUUCUUUAUAGCGAAGACCCGCUAUACAGAUUUAACAGUAAGAGCGAUGAGAAAUAUUUAAAGAUCUGUAAUUCCUAGAGGAAGAAACCUUUUCGAAAAACAUUUGUUCGCAAUAUCGGUGAGAAAGAUUAUAUAUUUGAUCCCUGUAAGAAAAUCUUUCUAGAAAACUGAAAGAGGAAUAUGGAUAAACUAAAUCCUUGGGGAAGCUUUAAGAUAUCCGACUCCUGGAGGAGACGAACCGACUGAGGAAUAUUUCGUCAAGGUUGUGUUAUGUUCCCGCCAAGUCCAAAAUUUUACAACCGAUCUCAAUAGUCUUGGAAGUGUGAAAAUGUUACAUUCAACAAUUUGAAAAGGUUUGUUAAAAUGUACUUAUGUUUGAAGUGAAGUAGGCAAGUCCAAAAAUCAAAAUUGUAUAAAUAGAAAAGAAGGAAAUUAAAUAAACUACAGGACAACGGGGAAAAACAGCUAAUUAAUUGAAGUUUGGGACAAAGUGGCCAGUUUUCUGUACAGACGCUGACCGGACGCACUACCUUCCCUUCUUACCAACCCGCCACAACUGCCCGGGUCAAGAAUUUGCCACUGUUUUUAUACGCUCAUGUUCUGCCUGGAUACCAUUACAUGCUUUAGCUUUGAGACCGUCAGAUAAUGGUAUACUUGGGUGAGCUUUUCAUAUACUAUUAUCAGAGGACCGUAAAUACUCCCAAAAUUUAAAUGUAUUUAUUUAUUCCCUUAUUAAUUUAUUUUCCAUUAAUAGGCAGUUAUGAAAAAUUUAUCCACAUCUAUCCCUGUACACUAAAGUCUUGCUAUAUAACAACAUUUCCUAUUUCAUAUCAUAAUAAAGAUUGUACCAGAAAUUUAAAUAUAUACAAGUUUACUUAGCCACACACCAAGUCUGUUUGAGCUCUAGUGUUAAGAUACUGAACUUGAUACGUCUCAGUUAUUCUCUUUUCUGACAAUUUUAAGCUUAUAUGUGUAGAGGUUUUGGUAACUUUAAGAUUUAUUGGUUUAUGAACCUUUCCAUUGUGCUAACUUACAUGUUCAUUCAGAAAAGCUUAGUUAUAAAGAUAUUGUGUCGCCACCACCUCUACCACACCACCAUCCCUUCUACCACACUACCACUUCUUCUACCACACCACCGCCUCUACCACAC